CUCCUCACCACCACAUAAAAUCCUCCUACUCACAAUCCAAUCCUCGCAAUCAUCGCACCCAAAGCCCACAAAAUGGCCACCCAAACCCUCACCCGCGCAACGCGCAUCCGCAACCCAGCGCUCUUUAUCUGCGACAUCCAAGAGAAAUUCCGACACGUAAUCCACGAAUUCCCGAGGAUAAUAACAACAACAACCAAACUCCUCCGCGCAACGGGCACGGCACCCUUAAACACACCCAUCUACAUCACAACCCAAAACAAAAGCAAACUAGGCGACACGGUCCCAGAGCUUCACGCAUACCUGUACCCGGAGACCAACGCCCAAACAGGCACCAGCCCCCGAGUCCUUGCAAACAUCGACAAAACGCUCUUCUCGAUGAUCACGCCGGAGCUAGCGAAACUCCUCCCGGACCCAAACGCCGGAGAAACGCCGCUGGACGCCAUCAUCGUGGGGAUCGAAACGCACAUCUGCGUGACGCAGACGACGCUGGACUUGCUGAGUCGGGGACACCGGGUGUAUGUGGUUGUGGACGGGGUGAGCAGCGUGCAUGCGGAGGAGCGCGGGGUGGCGUUGGCGCGGCUGCGGGAUGCUGGGGCGAUUGUCACGACGAGUGAGAGUCUUUUGUUUGAGAUGGUGGGGGAUGCGCGGCAUGAGGCGUUUCGGGGGGUGAGUGGGGUGGUGAAGGAGAUGAAGGAGGAGACGAGGGGGGCUCUGGAGGCUUUAGCUAGGAUUUAA